AAACAACUUCUUCUGCAACCAACUUGUAGAAUCAGAAACAGCCACACCCUGGAGGAUGACUGUUGCUUUUUAGACAAAGAAAAAAUUUGUUCCGAAUCUGUCAGCUCAUUAACGUUAAAGCCAAUUAAACGAAUCGGUAAAUAAAUCGGAGAAAUAACAGACUUCGCAGCUAUUUAAACAAGACUACAUUACCGAAUUUGCAGUCCUUGUUUGGCAUGAUAGUCAUGGCUUUAAAUGUAAUUUGUUUGUUGGUCGUCCUGUGGGUUAUUUGGAAGCUCUUUUUUUCUGAACCAACGGAACAAGACGACAAAUCGCAGCAUUCUAAGAAGCAGCCUCAAAGAAAGAGAACGAUACCCACAAUAACUGACAUGGAGUACAACUUAGGAAAACCUUUGGUCCGGGUUUGGCUUCCAGAUGAAAACAACGAAUACGGCCAUGUUUCGUUGCAAACCAACAAAUACUACAUGAGUUUCUGGCCUCAAGGGCAAAAAAACGGCAAAAAAGGCAAUAUAGAAAAAUUCUGUGGCGCUCCUGCCUGUAUCAUCUUCCAUCCGGACUUUGAUUGCCACGAGGAAGGAGAGAGAUUUCCCAAUCACAAAUUACCCGUCCCGAUAGCUCAGUGCAGCGACAUGGAUAGACUUUACGAACGAUUCCUCGCCUACAACGGAAUAGAUAAAGAGGAAGUCAAUCUUGAAAAAGGCUGUGAGAUCCGCAAUCGCAAUCCUGAAGAAUUGGAGAACACCCGUAUUGAGAAAAACCUUGGUGAAACAAGGUACACGUUUGUACCGAAACUGCAAUAUAAAAACGAAGAGCCAUUUUAUUCCAAAGGACAAAGUUGCGUCUCUUUCGUAUAUCACAUGAUCGAAUGGUCGAAAUAUUCCGACUCCAAAAAAGUCAAAAUCGAAUUCUUUGGAAAACUUUUUGAGUUUCUCGACAAGGUAGAGGCUAGUUUUCCUGUCGUGGUACCAAAGAGAGAGGUUUAUGUUCAAGUCUGGAUGCAUACAGUGGACGGGAGAAUUGUUCAAGGCGUCGAAAGAAUGUUGGAAAAUCAGCUAACUGGAGAACUUGAAAACCUCAAUCCUUGUAUUAACAGACGUCAAACUGUCAAAACGAAACCCGUCACACUUUCUUACGAAGUUCCAGCCUACGUCGAACAAAAUAAUUCCACGGGCCUCGGAUUUGGAUCUAUAUGGAAAGUUCCUGAUUUCAUGAACUCUCUCUUUUCAAUGAACCAAACUAAUAGAGAACAAGUAUAUCAAUUUGCAUGAGCCACUUGCCCAAUGAUUUGCCAUACAAUGUGUGAUAAAAUCAAUUGGUAUGCUAAUUCAAAGGCGAAUACAAUCGUUUAGCCGUCUGUUUUUCCACCAACAGACAUUAUCUUAACGAUUGAACAGACUAUCAAUCCACAAGUACGGGCAACCAACAGCACAACAGGUAUUUAAAGAACAAAGCAACACAGAUAUGUAAAUUCUCAAAAAACAACAAAUAACAUCCCUAAGAACUUAAAUAUUGUUGUGGAACUGAAACAAAGAAUCAAACGCAACAGGGUAAACACCAAAAACUUAGCUUUAUUAGACGACACGAUGAACACAAUGAUGAAAACCCAGUCUCACUACCAGACUGCUCGACUUCUGUAACUACACUACUUUAGACCCUCCUGAUCACCCCCCUUUUAAGAGGUAAAUUGGACGUUGUAGAAAUAGGUUACGCACCAAACGUUGGCUGUGCGUUUCUUAAUUCUCAACAAUAUAUAAUAGACAUAGGCUAAGCACUAUGGUUUACUUACAUGUUACAUCUUACUCCUGCCACCAGCCGAUUUGAAAAUGAUCUUCAUUCCAACCAACGGCCUCAACUUGACGCUCUUCACUGUUUUCCAAUGAAAGAAGAGAGAAACUAACUUCCCCACGCACUGUAAUCUAAUAUAGUAAUGAACGAUUCGACAGGAAAAGGGAAUAAUGAAGCAGAGAAAAAAAUUCGUUUUUUCAAAAAGUUCUGUGAAAUGGGAGAGAAAAUUUCGACGAGAGGGAAUGGAUAAGAAAAUGCGUAAUUAGAAAACGUGUCAGUCGGACACCUGGACCACGUCUGCCCUUAAAAACGGGGUGUGGGUUACCUUUUUACUCGUUCUUUCUAAAAAUUUUGAUUUUUUGUGACGGCCAUUAACAAAAAUGUCAAAUACGGAAGAAAACUGCAAGAAAAAACGCUGAAAUUUUGUAAGGCAAAAAAAAAUUAUGUUGUCAGAAAUUACAAAAAUAUUAAAUAAACAAAUAUUUAGCAUGUUAUCCUCAGAUGUUUUGCCCUGCUUAUUUCAGUUACUUUAAAUGAAAAAAAUAAAUUUGAGAGGAAUGAGGACAAGUCACGGACUUACGGUUGACGUACGCACGCACUCACGCGGCGGAUAUCGGAUAAAUUGGCAGCCGCGCAGCGUCACGUAGCAACACGGAAGCCACUCCUUUCUGUAAACAGCUUCGUGAAUCAGCACGAGGAAGACGCUUCGUCGAUAACUGUUGCCUUUCAGACAAAAUUCAAUUAACGAAUCGGCAGUUCUUUUGUUUGGUGACAGGCAUGGAUAACAUAGUGGUAAUAUUUGGGAUCGCCGUCGUCGGCCUGUUGCUUUUUAAGUUCUUGUCGGAAAAAAUGGAACAAUCGCAGCAUUCGGACAAUCAGCCCCAAAGGCCAGUUGAAACGGGUGAAUCCCGCCAAACCGGGGCAAAUAAUUUGAGGGCCGAUGCAAACCAGUUGGAUUUUGGAUUUGGUCGUGGUGGAAGGGACAAGAAAAAUAACAAGAACAAAUGAUGCGGAUAUCCAAACACCGCAAUUGAACACCACUAUUCUUCAAUUUUCUCGUUAUUUUUCUUUCAUGUUGUUUGACUUGAAUUUGCAAACUGUUUUGACCUAAUCAAAAUUAGAAUGUUGAAUAAACUUGACAAAAAUC